AUGGUCAAGGGCGUGUUUUCAGACCAGAUCGAACUGCAGAUUCAGUCCACCACCAAGUUCAGAAAACUACUCUCCAAGGAGAGAAACCCUCCAAUUGAACGUGUUAUCGAGACCGGUGUUGUUAGCCGUUUCGUCGAGUUUCUACGAUCUCCCCACACUUUGGUCCAGUUCGAAGCCGCCUGGGCCCUGACCAACAUCGCUUCUGGAUCCGCGCAGCAGACCCAGGUCGUUAUCGAAGCCGGAGCCGUCCCGAUAUUCGUUGAACUCCUCAGCAGCCACGAGCCUGAUGUGCGGGAGCAGGCCGUCUGGGCCCUCGGAAAUAUCGCUGGCGACAGCCCUCAGUGCCGUGACUUUGUACUUGGUGCCGGCGCUCUUCGUCCACUGCUCACUUUGCUGGGUGAUGGCAGAAAGCUGACCAUGCUCCGCAACGCUACCUGGACUCUGAGUAACUUCUGUCGAGGAAAGACUCCUCAGCCAGACUGGCCUACCAUUGCACCAGCUCUUCCAAUCCUAGCCAAACUCAUCUACAUGCUUGAUGAUGAAGUGCUUAUUGAUGCUUGUUGGGCUAUUUCCUACCUCUCUGAUGGCCCGAAUGACAAGAUCCAGGCCGUUAUCGAGGCUGGCAUCCCCCGUCGUUUGGUCGAGCUCUUGAUGCAUGCUUCCACAUCUGUCCAGACCCCUGCCCUACGAUCAGUGGGCAACAUCGUCACCGGCGAUGACAUCCAGACCCAGGUCAUCAUCAACUGCGGUGCACUCACCGCCCUGCUCUCUCUCCUGAGCUCGAAUAAGGACGGUAUCCGCAAGGAAGCCUGCUGGACCAUAUCCAACAUUACCGCUGGCAACCCAGCACAGAUCCAGGCCGUCAUCGAUGCCAACAUAAUCCCACCAUUGAUUCACCUGCUAUCCCACGGAGACUUCAAGACCCGUAAGGAGGCAUGCUGGGCCAUCUCGAACGCCACUUCUGGUGGUCUCCAGAAGCCAGACCAGAUCCGCUACCUCGUCAGCCAAGGCUGCAUCAAGCCUCUCUGCGACCUUCUCUCUUGCCCCGAUAACAAGAUCAUUCAGGUUGCCCUUGAUGGCCUAGAAAACAUCCUUAAGGUCGGUGAGAUGGACAAGGAGGCUGGCCAGGGCCCCGAAGCUAACAUCAACCGAUACGCACUCUUCAUUGAGGAGGCUGGUGGUAUGGAGAAGAUCCACGACAGCCAGAACAACGCCAAUGAGGAGAUCUACAUGAAGGCAUACAACAUCAUUGAGAAGUAUUUCUCUGAUGACGAUGAAGCCGGUGCCGAUAUCGAUGAGCUUGCCCCCCAGCAAACACAGACUGGAUUCGCCCUUGGUACCAACCAGCAGCCUACCGGCACCUUCAACUUUGCUAACGGCGAUUCAAUGGAUAUGUAA